AUGGAACUUGAUUUUUCAUGGUUUCCAAAUAAAUUCGAUUCUAAACGGUUCUUAAAGAGUUGUGCUUGUCAUUUCUCCCACUUGAUUGACUUUAAUAAAAGGAAUUUAUAUGGAAAGGAAUUUCAAGAAUUCUUCGUUAAUCUUCAUUCACGUUUUCUUGUCUUGUCUAUGAUGUUAACAUUUAAGGAGAAAAGCGAGAAAGCUUUCAAUGUUUCAUGUGGUCUUAUAAGAACAAAUCCAUGA